GUCUAUUCUGAUUGGGCGACGACGACUUUGAGUGACGUCAUCGCGUGGAAUGCCCAUUCAUCGGUGCAGUUGGGCGUUGGAUUCCGCAUCUUAUUAGUAACCAGGGAAAUUUCUCCAUUUUCUGUGCAGUCUAGAGUGUUACAGGCGCAAAUCUAGGAUUUAAAUAAAUACUUACACUUUCCAAGGUUUUUUUUCUACAGUUUUCUUCUCUGGUACUGGAUUUGCUUGCUACGUUCACUUUUAGCGCGCUCUUUGGCCAGGUGUUGAAUUCUAAGGAAGAGGCUUGUUGCUCUUUGUUCUGUAUUGGGAUCUGUUGAGCUCUUUGUUGGGAGUAAAAGCAUGGGAGCGCAAUUCUCUAAGACAGCUGGAAAAGGAGAAACAGCUGCAGAAAAACCCGGAGAUGCUGCAGCUUCACCCUCUAAAGCCAACGGGCAGGAAAAUGGCCACGUAAAGGUGAAUGGAGAUGCCUCUCCAGCGGCUGCUGAGGGGACAGAAGAGGUUCAGGCUAAUGGCAGCGCGGCGGCUGAGGAGGGAGAAAAGGCUGAGGCAGCUCCUGCUGAAAAGGAGGCUGCGGAGGGAGAAGAGGCAAACACAGAAGUGAGUGCACCCACUGAAGAGGAGGCUGCAAAAGCUGAGGAUGGUGCAACUCCCUCCACAAGCAAUGAGACGCCCAAGAAGAAGAAGAAGCGCUUCUCUUUUAAGAAGUCCUUCAAGUUAAGUGGCUUCUCUUUUAAGAAAACCAAGAAGGAGACAGGAGAUGGCAGUGAGGAGGCAGUGGCGGCAGAUAGUGAGGAAGCCAAAACUGAGGGAGCUGCAGCUGUUGAAGGAGGUGUGUUAGAAGAGAACGCCAAACCAGCAGAGGAGGCAGCGCCAGCUGUAGAAACCAAGCCAGAGGAGAAACAGGUAGAGGAGCCCAAGGCUGCCAGUCCUGCCACUGAAGAGCCCAAAGAGGAGGAGAAACCAGCGGAGUCAGCAGCAGUGGCAGAGCCUGCGGCCUCUCAGAGUGAAGGACCUGCGGCAGAAGAAUCUGCUCCCACUGUACAAGAAGCAGAAUCCAGUCCAGAGGUCCACGCAGAAUCUGCCACAGAGUAAUCUGCACUGCACAGAUCAAAAGAGUGAGAGAGAGAGAGUGAGGAAAAAAGAACAGAUAAUCAAGGAAUAUUUCCCUGUUGUAAAAUGGAGUAGUGCCAGGGUAUGAGACUUUGGAGAACUUUGUCUGCAACAAGGAAUAUUUUAAAGAUUUUUUUUUAGUCUUUAGUUUUUUUUAUAUCUCCCCCUCCACAAAUCUUACUCCACCAUUGUGGUUAUUCCUAGAGCUGUGAAAUGGAUGGCUAAAUCGAAUAAUACAGAAAAAUUUGUAUUUAUCUAUUUUUGGCAUCAGUAUUAAUUUUUUUUUUUUUUUUUUUUUUUUUUAUACAAACAAAACAAUGUAAACUUGUUUAAAAUAUAUGGACAUGUGGAUUAAAGGCAGCUGGUUCAGGGAACAAAAAGGGGUGCAGGGAUUGGGAAUGGGAGUUAUUUUUUUAUUUUAUUCUUUAAGUGCGUCACCUUGGUGGCUCAGCAUUAUAACACAGAUGUAAGGAGUAGCCCAAAAACAGAAUGACCAACAAUUCAUCCACUACAGUUUACAACACUAAAGUGAUUUUUUUUUAUUUUUUUUUAUAAAUAUUCUAAAUUCAAGCCAAUAUAAUCAACAAUGCCAAUUUUAUAACCACAUAUUUUAAAGAUCCUGGGAACUUUAAACACUUUUAGUGGUCUGUGAUUUCAGUAGGAAAACGAUUUGCAUAUGCUUUAUGGUGUAUUUCUGGUUCUCUGAGCUUUUUAAAGUGUAAGUAUGUAUAGAAGGGGUGUUUCAACUGUGAUUAUUGUACAAAUGAUAUCUUGAUCUCAAAAAGCACAUGCAGCUCUUUUAUCAGCAAGUCAUCCUCAGACCAUUGGAGCAUUUUUGAAGUCAAACCAAGCUGUGACACGUGUUCUGGUUCCUGUUUAUACUGUGGUUUGUUUUGAUUACAACAAAAUUAAGGAACUUAUCAGAUGCAAUGUUUGUGUAGCAUCUUGUCUUUUUCUUUUGUAAAUAUUGGAGAAGUUUUACGUUUGACUUAGAGAUUGAAUGUAACUUUGCCUACAAAAUUGCAAUUAAACCUCUCUGCUGAAGGUGUUCUUAAUUUUUUUUGUGAGCACACUAAAAGCAAAAUAAAUGUGAACAAAAUUUGAA